UAUUGUGACAAUUAUUACAGAGGUGCUUUAAUAGAAGCUCUUGGUGAAACUGUUACACCUAUUUUAUCUGUUAUUACUCAGACAGGACAACCUGUAUCUGCUGAUUCUCUUUCGUCAGAUACAAAGCUCAUAUUGGAAGAAAUUACUCGAUGCCUUAAUUUAGAAAAAUUGUUAUCGUGUUAUAAAUAUACAGUUACAGUUAGAUAUCAUACACUUAGGAUGCUGACUGAAAAUCCGCCAUUCACAAAGAAAGAUCAUAGUCACUUAAAUACAGAAGAAUUAGUAGAAAGAUUAUGGAAAUUGAUGAAUAGUGGUUCAUCACAUGAUUCGAGGAUAAGAUGUGCAGCGGUGGAUUUGUAUUAUAUUUUAUACGGUCGUAAUAGGCCUUCUUGGGUGGGGAUGUUGCAUGCAUCUAUGGUCAUUUAUAAUUUUAGAUAUCAUACACUUAGGAUGCUGACUGAAAAUCCGCCAUUCACAAAGAAAGAUCAUAGUCACUUAAAUACAGAAGAAUUAGUAGAAAGAUUAUGGAAAUUGAUGAAUAGUGGUUCAUCACAUGAUUCGAGGAUAAGAUGUGCAGCGGUGGAUUUGUAUUAUAUUUUAUACGGUCGUAAUAGGCCUUCUUGUCUUCCUAUUCCAGAACUUGCAAUGGUAUUAAAUUUGAAAGAAAAGAAAGCUAGAGUAAAUCCUGCUAUAGCAUCAGAAGAAAUUGACAUGCCUCUUGAACCAAUGGAAGUAGAAGAAAUAGUAGAAACAUCAGAAGUAGAAUUACCAGUAAUUGAAGAAGUUGUGGAUGUUGUGGAUACAAAAGCAGAAACUUACAUUUAUGUGGAUGAAAAGAAAGAUGGUAAUAUACCAGUAAUAGAAGAAAGGAUAAUUGAUCCAUGUGAUUUUAAAAUUGAACCCAUGGCAGAUGAAGAAGAAGCUAAAAAAAAUAAAGUUAAGGAUUCAUCCUUACCACAAACAUGUACUAGUACUUCAGCAGUUAUGACAGUUUCUGGGGCAGAAAGAGUUAGUAGCAGUCCAGAUUCUACAUCAGCUGCUGCAUCGUCAUCAACACCUUAUCGAUCAUUUGACGUAUAUUCAGAUGAUUCCCAAUCUAAAUCCUUACCUGGAAUUCAAGGGUCUACUGCUCAUCAGCCUACUGGUUUUGAUGCAAGCAUGUUUAAAAAACCUCCAGAUACACCUGAAACUCAAGGUAAUCCUUCUGGAGAUGAUGAUGGAAGUACAGAUCAAAAUCCAGAAUUAGCACAAUUAUUGAAACCUCACAGAGAUAAAAAGAAGAAGAAGAAAACUAAGAAACAUAAGCACAAGCAUAAACAUAAACAUGAGAAAUUUGACAAACUGGACAGAGAUAAAAUUUAUAGUAGUGGCAACAGUAGUAAUCAGUCCCCUGCAACUUUUAGUGGAGGAAGUCCUCAACAAGAAAUAUUAUAAGCAAAUUUGAAAUUAAGUUUUGUUAACAAAUGACCUCUUUAAAUUCUUUAUUUAUUUUAAUUGUACAGUACAUGUCAUUAUUAAAAUCUCUUUUUGUAAUUCAUAAUAAAUUUUUUAAUAUAGUUUUUCAAUUAACAGUCAUUCUACGAUUCAUUAUACAUAAAACAAAAACAGUUUUUUAUCAUUGUAAUUAAGAAUUUUUAUAUAAGUAAGUUGAUUGCUAGUCAUUUCUACAUGCUCAAUUGUAUUAAGAGAAUGGCAUACCAUUUGACUGUUGAUUUCUUUAAGAUUAUGCUUUUGCUAAAACUUAAUUCAAUUUUUUCCUGUUUAAAUAAGAAAUUUUUCCAGUGUAAACUGAUGCUUUUACCAUAUCAAUCACCAGCCAAUCUGCUGCUCCAGAGAUUGAUCUGGAAGUGAAUUUCAGACUUUAUUCAGAUAUGUUGGCCCUCAUUCCUCGCCUCCCAGCUUUUCCUGUUGUGGGCCUGGCCUACUCAUAAUGGAUGUGGAAGAAAUAAAUAAGUGCUACCCUGAAAGAAAAGGCUAUGGAUGCUGUAAUGAUAAUGGAUAUUUUGCUGUAAAGCCAAAAUAUAUAAAGGUAUCCAGUUCGGGAAAAUAUAGUUAUUAAAAAAGAUACGUCAUGGAACUAUUUUUAAAAUUACUUAUAAUGGUAUAAGCUAGUUAAAGUAAUAGAUUCCUUAUUUUACAUAAUAAUUGGUUUAUAUAAAAUUCUGUUUUGUUACUGGACCAAAAAAUGUUUUCCAAUAUUAUACAGACAUGAGGUGCCAGCUCUACUGAAUUGAAUUGAAUGAAACAUAAUACACAUGCAAUGCAGAUCACGAGAAAGAGAUUUAGGGGAAAAAUUAGAUGAAAUUUUCACCACCAAGGGGAAAGUUUAGUUCUGCAAGGAUGACAAUUAUAAGACAGGUAGACAGGAGGUUACAUCUUUACAAAUCCUUUUGUGUUGACCACAUAUUGCAAGUGUCAAAUCACAUUAUCAACUACUGAAUGUAACAUUUCAGGAGGAAUCUGGGAGAUAUAAUGCACUAUGCUGAUCUUCACUCUGACAGAGUGCACAGGCUCCAACUAA